UCUUGUUUGAACCCUUUGCAUGUAUAAGGGGUGAUGUAGCUUUUGUCCUGUUGAUAGGGAUAUGGUUGUCUGAUAGAGUUGAACGACAAUGUUGAACAUUAUUAUGUGGCUGCAGAGAGAAUCUUAAGGAAGCAACGGUGGCUUUUGUAGAUUGUCCUGACUGGACCAUGUUUGUUUGACUAGAGUUGGUUUCACCUUGCAUGAUCUCAUUGAUCCUAAUUCCGCUUGACUCAGUUGGCCCAUAUUUUUCGAGGAUCAUGAUCUUCAAGGAGGCUGACUUUUCUGAAACCUCAGAGACUGUCAAUGGAGAGAAGUGCCCUACUUCAGAAUCCAAGUGGGAAAGUGUGGCCUGUUUCUGUAAUCUCAGGAUCCAUUUGGGGACUAAAGUAGUUGUUAGGGUUCCUUGUCUCCUCUUUGAUGAAAGAGUAGAAAGAGUAAACAUUGAUGCAGAAGAAAUGAGCUUUUCACCUCUAUUUCAUUUGGGACCACAGUUUUGGAGUUACUGCCUCAGUAGUUUCAGGAAAGCUUAAAAUGUGAUGGACUGAUGGUGGCAAAAGGUGAGAGUAAAUAUCCAAUUUCUCAAAAUGGCUACAAGUUAGAAUAACUUAUGUAUGUGUCAAAAAAUAAAGGAGAUGCCAUUGAUCAGAGCAUUAAACAACUAUUCUGCAGGAAAAGAUAUUGUCUCUUACAAAAGACUUAAUAUCCCAUUGCUGAACAACAGAGGUCUUCAGUAUAUUGCUGCAAUUGCAAACUUGUAAGGAAAGAGAGAAGAAGGGGAAGGAGAAAAAGAGCAACAUAACAGCAUGGAAAGCUAUGGAAGCGAGGAUGGUAGCCAGAACAAGAAGACAAUCUCCUUUGGCUUAAUACGCAGGGGAAAUGCUUCGUAUAUGGAGAAGAUUAGGCCCCAUUUCUUCAGGGUCAUGCUUGAUUUCAUGCUUCAAGAUGCCAAAAUUUACAUUCCCACCGAGUUUGUGAAGAGAUAUAGAUCAAGGCUUGGGAGUUCUGUAACACUGAAAGUGGCUAACGGUGAGACAUGGGAAGUAGAGCUGGCUACUGAUAAUGAUGGGCUGAUAUGGUUGCUCAAGGGCUGGGAUGACUUCACAAAGCACCAUUCUUUGAGGCAAGGUGAUAUUGUGGUUUUCCGGCUUGAGCAAGACAGCUCGUUUUGUGUAAUGGUGUUCGAUCCCACUGCGAGCGAGAAGAAGUACAAUGUCAAGGAUGCGAACGACCUUGUAAGGAUGUUCAAUGAGGUCAAAAUUGAGGGGGGAAUUGAUGCAGGGAAAGAGAAAGGUUGUGAGGAGGGUCAGGAGAGGGUUGGAACUGGAAGAAUGGAGGAGGUUGAAGAGCGGCUCAAGCAAGUGAAGGACAAGAAGAGUGACGGAGAAGAGAACAUAAAGGGGACAUUGGCUUCUCCACUUGAGAUCCCAAACCAUCCAUUGGAAACAAAAGUGACAGGAAUACCUGAACCAAGGAGGGGCGAUGCCUCUACAAGCUCAGAGAAUCCAAACUUUUCCAUCACCAUAACUGAAGGUCACAUGAAGCAUCGUCACAUCCAGCGCCUGCCAGUUAUUUUUGUGUUUGAACACAUGAUGCCUAAAAAUGGUACUAUGCCCAAAAAUCGUACUAUGACGGUUCUCGCUGAAGAGGGGUCCGGCUCAUGGGACUUGUCCUUUGUCUUUCAUCAACCAUGUAAACGUGGACGUGGACGUGGGCAGGGCUCAUUUGCUGGUGGUUGGGCCGCAUUCUCCAGGGACAACUCUCUGAAACCAGGGGAUGUUUGCCGGUUUGAGCUCAUCUCCGAUGGCCUAAUGGAAGUGACUAUUCAGCACAAUUAGAGCUGGUUGAAUUUGCUGAAAGUUUGAUAGGCCUCCAGAAUGGAGUUUGUUGUAUUUGCCCAUUUUGUGUGUUUAUUAAUGGCUUAUGAAGCCAAUGCUAGUUUUUUAACUAGAGAAUUAAUGGGAUAGUGUAAUUUAACUUGGAGAGUGGUAAGGCGUUUGUUGAAGUUUUGUUUCAGUUUCUGAAGCACGCCAUGUGCUGUGUUUUAUGUUUUAUACAGGGCAAAACUAUGUUAUCAAGUUAGUUUCUGAUGUUAGUCUUGUUGCAUUUGAUUACAUUGAAAGAAUGUUGUAUCUAUUACCAUGUUAUUAUUGUUGGUCACCACUUCGGUUAGCGUGUUUACAACGAUUUUUUAAACAUGUAUUUAUGUCGUUGAAUCGUGCCUUUAUUCACAUUAGAUAGAUACAUUAACAAAAAACCCUAUUGAGUAUCAUAGCUAAAAGUACUAUUAAGCCGUCAAACACAAUUCAUGGGGGAGUCCAGGAUCCCAAAACAAAGCACUAGCACAGCC